AUGGCCUCAGCACACCCCCAAUUCCAGCCCCAGCCUCAACACCGACAUCAACCACCACACCCAGGACCACAUCCGCAAGGACAACAGCAAGAUAACCAACCUCUCACCAAUUACGCUCGCAGAUUUAGACCCAAAUCCCCGGGUCAUUUCAAAAGUUGGUUGACCCCUCUAGAUCCUCUAAACCCGAUACAUUGGGAUAAUGCGAGAGUACAUGAUCAGAUUAGGCUUCUGGAAGAUUAUCAGAAGGAUGGUUUGCUUGGUUUUACGACAAGGGAGUUGAAGGAUUUAGAUGUGGUUUGUGAUAGGCCGCUGAAACCGAGUACGUUGGCCGGAGGGAUUAUACCCCUUUUGAGGAGGGAUAGAUGGGAGGAUAAACCUAGUACGGCAUGGUUGAGCACGAAGAGUGUACCGAUUAGAAAUGACCCCCUGGGUGGAAGUUGGCAAUCGAGUAACGAUAGGGUCUGGAAUCUCCUUCGACCAAUAGUCAAACUUGCUUCACAAUAUAUAAUGUCUUCCCAAUCUAUACCAUGGUUUGAUGCACUACUCUUUGGACCCCGCCGUUAUGUCGUAAAAAGUAGAUUUCCGCCCGGCGCAAAAAUACGAGACGAACACCACACCUUCCAUCCCAGAGAAGGCCCAUGGACCGUUGAACGCGAAAGAGAAGUUGCCGCUGGGAGAGAUCGAAUCUUCUAUGGAUUAAUGAACGAAAUGGAUUAUAUGUUCUCAUAUUUUUAUAGUAACACAAACCCGAGGAAUUCGGAUCCGCCAGACCCAACUUUUCCGGUCAGCAGCUUUGAGAAUUCUUUGGGAGUUACAACGAUUAAUGUUUGGGAGAUGCUUGUUAGGAAGGUGCCUGGUGCCAAGUGGCGGAUUCAAACUUUUAUCAAUGUCGAAGCUAUAGAGCCUCUCUUCUAUCAAUACGAUGACUUAUCAGAUUCCGAGAGGGCAGCAUUGACCUUUCGUACUGCUACUACAAUUUCACAUGAAGUCAUACAUGCCAUAGGCUAUUACCAAGCUCUUCGACGUCUUGGUCCUCGGAUCUUCACCAAUCAUCGAGAAGGAUACUAUGAACACGAACAAAUGGCGGAGCUAGGCUGGAGUUGGCAAUGGGCGAUGCACGGAGGAAUCGACUGCAAAGUCCCCAAAAACGCUCGAACCCGUCGUCUCCUCGCCAGUUUCAGCGAAACGAUUUUCCCCUCCUUCACGACCCAAGGCUUCGCCGGCAAGAACGAACCCGUGCUCCUUAGUCCGCCAAUCCCAAGACACAGCGAUCUCUACCCGAUCGGGGUUCAAUUCUACGAAGAUGUGCACAGCCAAGACUUUUGGGAUCUCAUGGUUCGGGGAUUUGGGGGACGUAUUUUUCAAUAUCGCACUGUGAAGGAAGGGACCAGGAUGUCGUAUAUACAGGGACCUAACGAUCCUCAUUUGAUCAAGAGGAGAGAUCGCCUGGAUCCCAACUCGCAUGAUCCGUAUGUGCGUGAGGAUGCGGUUUUUGCGAGUAGGAUGGGGGAUAUUAGAGCGCAAAUGGGGAAUACGCCGGAGGAGAGGAGACUUUUGACUUUCGUGACGCAGCUGGCUGAGAGUGGGAAGACGGGGAAGGAAUUUUGGCAGGCAAUAAAGGCGCAGGUUCGGACUGUGAUUGAUAUUAUACAGGCGAUGGUUCAGAGUAGAAGGAAUGAUAUGAGUGGCAUUAGUAAUGAUUUGGGAUUAAUGAAUACGGCCAUGAGAGAGGUAGUGGAAUUAUUAGUCGUUGCUGCGGCCAAUCACCAGAAGGCUGCGGGUCUUGUAUUGGAGAGGCAGAGACAGCAAGAGGACGCAAGAUUAGGAGGGAUUCCUGGAUCGGGCGAAGAUGUGGCUGCUAAGCAAGCGUUGCUGGCUUGGAAUAGGGGAACAAGGGGAUUUAACCGAGAAGUCAUGGAUAGAUUUGGAAACAAGUUCAAGUGGGGGGAAUUAGGGAGGAAGCUGAAUUAUUCGUAUAAUCUGCUGGAGAAGUGUCAAGCCUUGAUUUUUGUUCCAGAAGCGAAAGAGGGGGCCAUCUCGAAAUAUCCGGCGGAACAGAGGGAGUUUGACUUGAUGAAUGAGACGGCCAGGACGGUCCAUUCAGAGAGAGAUCCUGUGAGGGCGAGCCAAAUGUGUUCUGCGUUGGUGUCGGAUCGAUACGCGGGGUCAUUUGUCAAGAGUGCGGCGAACAUGUUGAUGGCUAGUUGUGAAAUAGAGAAGGCUGGGGGUGUGGAACAUAUGGAAUUGUCAGUCAGACAGAAAUGCUAUUUGUUGACAGAGAGGGGUUUGGAUAGGUUGGUUUGGUACCAACAGGAGAUCGGACAAGUUACCGAGGGGUGGCACGCGUUAUGCGAGGAGUAUGUUGGGUGGGGAAAAAGAUUGAUUUCUAACUUGAAAAUUGAAGCGCGGGAUGUUUUACCAGAGGGAGAGGGAGCUGAAACGUCGACGGGAAUUAUGGGGAGAGACCGAAGAGUGCAAAGUAGAAAAAGGACCAAGGAUGAAGUUGAUCAGUUGAUUAAUGAUGUGAUGGAAGAUGUGGUAAUGACAAGUACCAGUCCUCAAGAAUGGAAGUCGGCGGAUCUAUUGAGACAAUUCAAGAAGCAUAAGACUGGGACAGAGAGCCGGGGUGAUGCAGCGCCGGAAUGA